AACUCACUGAAUAAAAUAGUUGGACAGUGGACACGGAUUAGCUUGUUGACGCCCAUUUCUCACAAAACGAAAGUGUAAUUCUACUUCACCCAUUUCGUGGAAUGGUAAAACAACAGAUCCUCGUGUGAUUAACACAGACGCCAUUGAAACUUCAAGAUGAAGUGCACAGGUUGUGGCCAUGUUGCGUUUGAGAAAACGGCUAGAUUCUGCAGCCAGUGUGGACAUCAACUAGCUGCACCACCAGUCACCAAGGAGCCUGACAACACUUCUGGAAGUUCACCUAAGCCGUUAGAUCCAUCACUGGAGAGUGUGAAUGAGAAGACGGAAAUGGAGAGUGAUGUGUCAACCCUGAAUAACCGGGAAACUAACACUUCUCCGAAGCGGCCCAAUGAAGAGCCCAACAGCAACCCUAAGAAAAAGAGAAAAAAGAGGAAGAGGACCAAGAAGAAGAAGGACUCUGACCAGCUGACCUCUGACCUGUCUGACAUCUCCCUUAUGGACAGCCAUGGGAAUAGCAGGAAACAGGACGUUGCAGAGUCCUCCGACAGUGAUGCCAGCGCCAUGGACGAGACACCCAACUCACUUCAUGACACGUCUGCCUUAGUGGAGAAACCAGCCAGUGCAUCAGCAUCAUCCGCAGCACCCAGUACAAUCAGUCCAUCUGAGAACACGUCUGACAAUAAAGAUCCUCCAAGCACUACCUCGUCACAGCCUGAGGCCAGUGCAGAGAGCCAUUCUGCCGAAGGGAAAGAUCAACAGUGCAGUGAAGACAGAGACCGAUCUCAGUCACCUACAAAACAGACCUCCAAGUCGGCUCCGAAUGACACUCCUGCCUCUCUCACCGACUCGGCUGGUAAAUCCACCACCACCACCAUCCCCCCUCUUCACUCAGCCUCAGUGGUAUCGUCGAAGACCACUGACCAGAAAGCUCCAAAGGCUGCUGACGCAAAGAUCGCUGACCAGAAAGUUCCAAAGGAUGCUGACGCAACGACCACUGACCAGAAAGCUCCAAAGGCUGCUGACGCAACGACCGCUGACCAGAAAGCUCCAAAGGCUGCUGACGUAAAGAUCGCUGACCAGAAAGCUCCAAAGGCUGCUGACGUAAAGAUCGCUGACCAGAAAGCUCCAAAGGCUGCUGACGCAACGACCGCUGACCAGAAAGCUCCAAAGGCUGCUGACGUAAAGAGCACUAAGAACAAGAAAGACGUGGCCAACUCAAAGCAGACGAACCUGAACCAGAAUGCGAACGUGAACCAGAAUGCUAAGCAGAACCAGACCAGACAAGACAAACAGAAAGGGACAGAUGAUCAGCAGAACCAGGAUUCGAAGCAAACCACCGCUGGUAAUAAGAUGGUGUUUGGCACUCAGAAGAAAUCAGAGGUGGAGAGCAGAGGCUCCAGUGUGGACCCACAGGUGAAGGUGGAGAACAUGGAGGUCCAGCAGCAGCCUUCCCGUGGGGGGGGAGAUGACUCCUCCCCUACACCACAGAGCCCAGGCGUCAAGAAAGAGAAACAGAAAGACAACAAAAGCGACGACUCUGAAACCAAGGGUCAGGAUGUUCCACCGCCAAAAAGGAUUCCUCCAGGGAAAAAACAGCUCUCUGCAAGUGAGAGACUCACAAUCUAUUUCCACGCUGUCCUCUCGAAGGAUUUCAAGCUGAACCCGGACGAGGAUCGCAUCUUCAUCAGGGCUGGGGGGGACAUUGGGAACUGGAAAACCGAUUCCGUUGAGCUCACUGUGUCUAAGGAUCUUGGAGAGCAUGGGUUCCUAGUCGAAGGGAGCUUGAUCACAAGCAAAUCUAAUGCAACUGUCUCCAUACCAUACAAGUACCUCGUCUACAAGCUUAAAAAGCAAAAGUACGAGUUUGAGUACAUAUACAAACUGGAUUCUAACUACCCCACCACCAACAGAUGUCUUUUUGUCAAAUCUCAUCUGCUUAAUGAAGAAGGGGACUGGCAUCAGUAUGAUGACAUCAUCUGUGUGGAGCCAUCCAAGAACGUGCUCAAGCGGCUAAAAGACGCUUUUUGGCCGGAACAAAGGAAAAGUGUCAUUGAAGGCCGAGAAAUUGCAGGGAAAGUUAUGCUGGAGAGUAUAUUUGACCUCCUCAGGAGCUGGACUGACAUUAACUUCAAGAGUUUCCUCAAUCAGCUGAAUCAGUUUUACCAGAUCUACGGGAACCCGUUUGUCUAUGAGGAGACACACAAGAAAUGGUACUCCUUAGACUACGACGAAAAAGAUGUCAGGAAGCUGCUGAAGCAGUUCAUGCUGGAUAACGUUGUUCCUCAGCUGCAGAAGGAGGGUGAGGGGAAGAGCUGCUUCAUCCAGGACCCCAUGAGGGCAGCUGUGGUCAUGCUGUACGCGUGGAAGAAGUUCGGCCUCAAGCUGGACCACGGAGAGUCCACCCGGCUCUGCAGCACCCUGUGCUUGCCCAAGCUGCCCAAAGACUCCUUUCUGCAGUACUGGACCGACUUCGCCCAAGCCGUCUCCGGUCUCAAAAACCUGCCAGACAUGUUGGUGGCUCUGAUCAACAGUGUGAAGACUGAAGGGCCCCGGUGGAUUUUGGUGCUCCCCCUGCUCCACCUCCUCAAGGGAUCCUCCAAACCGUUCACACCCAUAUCUACCACAGUCACCCCCAAGUACGAGCAGUCCUGGGCGGGCCUCCAAGGCCUCAAAGCAGACUACAUGACACACAACAGCCAGGACAGGAGAGCGAUGUUGAAUCUCAUGAAAAACAAUGGCCAUCUGGUUGAGGUGGACAGACUAGUGUCUCGGUCCUGGAUGUGUCUGCUGACCAUAGAGGACUUGGUGGAAUGCAGCAUACUCAUCAACGUGGAACUGCUGGACCUGCUCCAAGUCUUCACUCUGAGGGCCCCUCAAGAUGUCACCUAUAGCAACAAGCAGUAUGUGUCGGACACUCUCUCACAUAUUCAAAGCAAUCUCAUCGAGGAGAAAUACAGUUGUUUUAGUGAGGCGUAUGGCAGAGAGUGCUUGGCAACUGCAGUGAAGCUUCUUGAGAAGAUCUGCAAAGGAGUCCGAUCCACUUCAACCUACACGCAGAACUUCACAGACAUCCCUGUGGCAUGCAUGAACAUGGUUGUCUCAAUAUCUGAGUUUGCCCGGGCCUUUGAGUCACAGGCAACUAAGGAUGUGGAAAGAGAGCAUAUGCAUGCCAAGGAGCUGGAUCUGCUAUCCGAGGCGAUGGUGAUCGUCAGAUCCUGGAUCGGCACAACCUUCAGAGACCGGUUGCUAGCCAGGAGUGUGACCACCUUGUACCUCAGUGUAAAUGUCACCACAGAGAUAGAGAUGUGGAACAACAUAAUCUCUCUCAAGUUCGCCAAUGACGAUUUCACAAAAGAAUGGAGACAAACGUUCACUAGGGACUUGGAGGGCAAAUUGAAACAGGAGUCUCCUCUGGAUCAGAUAGAGAUCUACUGUUCCAAGAUUGAGGUCCUGAAUGAAUCUCACCCUCACGUAGCCAAGACUAUCGAGAAAUGUGCCCUAGAAGCUGUCACCUCACUGUGCCAGAGCAAGUCUGAGGGUAAACUCUUUGACCGGUUGAAGAUCAACUAUAAGUUUGGCAAACUCAUCUCAACCAUCAUCCAGAAGUCCUGGCCGAGAGAUGAGCGUGGUAAUUACCACGAAGACGACGACGUGGUCUUUCAACACCUGCUCUCCUGGACAGCCGCCAAGAACAUCUUCCAGCUACACGGUGCAGAUGAAAAGCUGAUUGAGCAGCUCUCUGAAGAAGCCAGGGACAGGAUGGCCAUAGCUAUCUCGACCUUCACUGCCAUCUCCAACCAGCUGGUCCACGGAAACAUCCAAGUCAAACUGCUCAACUCCGUCUUGGAGAAGAGAGAUACUUUCACAGAGCUGCUGAAAAUAGACUGUCUUUCGGAGAAUGAGCGCUACAAGGACAGCGCCCCCAUAAAAAGGCUGCUAAUGUGUAGGCAGGAGGAGGUGAAAGCUGUCUAUCAUGAGAAGGAGCUGGUGGAAGUCCUGCUUACCAUGAGCCGCAAACUACAGGAACAUGUCGUAGUUCAAUUUGAAGGCUUGGAAGCAAGACUACAGACCAACAUCGAAGCAAUGACCCUUGAUCAAUUCAUGGAGGUCCAUCCAUUUGACCAACUCUCUUCUCCAACUGCCGGUGUAGUCACCUUCUUCGAACUUGAGGACGACGUGAGAGAGAUGGCAGAGGUUCUGCACAGAUUUAAAGACAGCUACAUCUUCAAGUUGUGCUGGGAGAAACAGGCCCGAGACCUUGCCAGAAGAGAUGCAUAUGAUGAAGACUAUGACCCUGAGGAAUCGGUUGACUACUUUGUAGGACCAGUCGAGAUACACAGCGAUAUUUUUCUUCCUUGCUACGCGAAGUACGAUAAGAUCUACAAAUGCCUGAAGAACGGCAGCCUUCGGCUCGAAGAGGUCGAUACUCUCUUCAAGGCCUACAGGGGCAAGUACGAAGAGCUGGCGCAGGACUUGGAUAUCAUGUGCAGAAACGACAAGUCGGAUAACAAACAGUGGAUCCAGAGAAGGGUGCACCAGAUUGAGCAGUACCACGAGCUUCACCUGGCUGUGGAGUCUGCUCAGGUCAUCAUGUUGGUCAAGCAGACGCUCAACCUUCAAGGCAACUUCCAAGUCCUGCAGACACUGCUAGAAGUUACGCAUGAGGACUUUAAGAGGGAGCACCUGGAUCGUAUUGACAAUGACCUGAUGCAGACAAAGCUGGUUCUGGUGGACAUCACAGAGCCCCGCAGACUGUGUCUCCAGGAGCUCGGCCUCAGGAAAAACUUUGUCAUCUGGGUUAAAGAGGCUCUUGAAGAUAUCAACGAACUUAAAGUAUUUGUUGACCUGGCUUCCAUCUCUGCUGGGGAGAAUGACCUCGACGUGGACCGUGUGGCCUGCUUCCAUGAUGCUGUCCUGGGUUACUCUCCGAUGCUGUACGAAUUGAAGCCAGACUCCGGUUUCCAGGCCUUCAAGGAGGUGCUGAAGAAGCUGUGGAGGGCAUUGGACAAUGACAACAACCUCCCAAAGAAGCUGCGUGACACAGCACGCCACCUGGAGUGGUUGAAGACUGUGAAGGACAGCCAUGGAUCUGUGGAACUAUCCUCUCUCUCCUUAGCAUCAGCCAUCAACAGUAAAGGAAUCUACAUCAUCAGUGCCCAAAACCAAAAGAAGUUGAGCCUGGACACGGCCCUGAAACUGCAGAUCCCAGAGGAGCACGACGAGGGCCAUGAGAUGCGCCGUUACUCCCUGGAGGACCUGAGGGAACUGCAGAACAAACUCAUGCUCAUGUCUGGGAAAGGGGACCAGGGCCAGUGUGAGGUGGACCAGUUUGCAGAAGUUUUCGCCAGUGUCCAGAGGCUAGCUGUGGCAUUCAUUGCCCUGUUCACGGCAGGGAACCCCCUGUUCAGACACUGGGAGGCCAACAUCAACUGUAGUUCCCUCAGCCAAGACGCCGGCAUCAUCAUGGACUUCAACCUUGGCAGCGUUGUCAGUGUGAUUAUGGUGGAGGGCAGCAUCGUGGAGCAGCUUCCUGAGCUGUGCAGGAAGAUGGAGAAGUGUCUGAAGUACUGGAACGACUUCAUGGACAAACAGAGAUCCAACAAUUACUACCUGAACUACUACACCGCCGAGCAGAUUGUGUACCUGUGCAGUAAGCUGACUCAGCAGAAUGUGUCGAAUUUGGAGGACCAAGUUCUCAUGAUGCUCUCCUUUGUCAAACCCAACUGCACAGCUUCCGAUCUUAGGCAAACCUGGCACACACUGCAAUACGAGAUCCUCACUAACCCACCUGUGCAAAAUGAGGACAUUGACUUCCAGACUUUUGUUGAGGUGCCGAGCGGUGUACAGGGAGGUCUGGAUUUCAUUGGAGAGUUGAAUCUCUCUUCAGACAAUCUUCCAAGUCUUGUGGAGCACAUUAGCGGCUCAGGAAAGUUGGACUUGAUGUGGAACGCCUACAUGAGAGACAUGAAUUCUUUCCUCCAAGACACUCUCGACGUCCGAAGCUUAGGAAAACUGCUAGAAAUUCUGGCCAACAUAGGUGAUGAGAAUGAAGGAGACAUGACUGAUGAGAAGAAAUACAAAAGCAUUGAAAGAUUGAUGCCCAAGGGCCUGGCUAUCGGAAGUCCAAACCUCAUAGUUUCCCCACACGACGAGAUCCUGACGUCUUGCAUCUCCAUUUACAUGAGCAGCAAACACGAGCCACUGCCCACGUACGAUGAGGUCCUACUGUGCAACUCCUCCACGCCUUACGAGCAGGUGGAGCUGUUCCUCAGACGCUGCCUCACUGCCGGCUACAGAGGAGAGAAGAUUUACACCAUGCUCUAUAGCGAUCAGCUUAGCUACGAAGUCAGCUCCAAGGUGGAGAGCUUUUUCCAGCGAAUUAAAAUGCAGAGCAGGAAGGACUACAGGCUCGUGAUCAUCUGCAGCUCGGACAGAGAGGAUGCCUACCUUCCCUCAGCCUUCUGCCAGUACAGGUUACACAUGGUGCCCCAGGAACCCCUGAGCAGCAUCCAGAGGUACCUCAACAAACACUACACGGUCCCGUCAGAUCAGAGCAGUGCUGCUGCUGUGUUCAAGGACAGGAUGUUUGUUGGAGUUGUGUCGUCCAGUAGAGCUGGAGUUGGUAAGUCCCUUUACAUCAAGAGGCUGUAUGAAAAACUGAAACACUCCACCAAGAAGCCGUCACUGCUGAAAUGCAUCCGCUUGAUCGAGCCAAGGGUUGAUGAGAAUGUUAUUCUUCAGUCUCUGCUGAAUACCCCCAAGUCGAAAGAGCUCAUCAUCUUCCACUUCGAUGUCACAUCUUCGGUGCGGAAAGGCCUCUAUGAGUUUCUCUUUAAACUGUUGGUCUUGGGAUAUUUGAUGGAUUCUGAGGGAAGGAUGUGGAAAUGCAGCAACAAACAGCUUUAUGUCAUUGAGAUCCUACAGUCAACAGUAAACUUGCCCAGAAAUGGCCCAAGAACGAAUGCACGUGCCAACUCCACAUUCCUGGAUGUGUUCCCAAAUGUCUUCUGCCGCCCACCAAAAGAGGUUCUAGAUCUGGAAAUGAGGAUGCGGGAGGACCCCUCCUUUGUAAAGCUUGAAGAUCCAUUCAUGGAUGACAAAGAGUUCAGGAGUGAAGCAUACCAACGACCCUACCAGUAUCUGACGCGUUUCCAUAAUCAAAUCGACCUGGACACCUUCAUGUACAAUGGGGUGGAAGGCACCUAUGUAGAAUGUCUACAGAUGCUCUUUAUGUUCUGUGGCAUAAUGGACCCAUCGUGGGCCGAGUUAAGGAAUUUCGCAUGGUUCCUAAACCUUCAACUACGAGACUGUGAGACGUCAGUCUUUUGUGAUGCCUCUUUCACCGGGGACACCCUCCAGGGAUUCAAGAACUUUGUGGUGGACUUCAUGAUUCUGAUGGCCAAGGACUUUGCCACACCGUCCCUCAGCAUCUCUGACCAGAGCCCCGGGAGGCAGCAAAUGGACCUGACUGGGGUCAGCGAUGAAGACUUGGCACCCUUCCGGAUCAGGAAGAGAUGGGAGUCAGAACCACAUCCGUACAUCUUCUUCAACGAUGACCAUGUGUCCAUGACCUUCAUUGGCUUCCAUCUUCAGCCCAACGAACAGAACUCUGUUGACGCCAUCGAUCCAUCCACAAGAAGGGUGAUCAAAAGAGACAUCAUGACCAGAGAGCUGUAUGAGGGUCUAAAGCUACAGAGAGUCCCUUUCAAUAUCGACUUUGACCAACUGCCCAGAGGGGAGAAGAUUGAACGCCUUUGCAAUGUCUUGGGAAUCCAGUGGCCUCUUGAUCCUGAUGAAACAUAUGAGCUCACCACUGACAAUAUACUGAAGAUGCUGGCCAUCCACAUGCGUUUCAGGUGUGGCAUCCCAGUCAUCAUCAUGGGGGAGACAGGCUGUGGGAAGACAAGGCUCAUUAAAUUCCUAUGUGAGCUUAGGAGGAGCGGAGUGGCCACGGAGAACAUGAAGCUAGUCAAAGUUCAUGGUGGAACCAGCUCAGACAUGAUCUACACCAAAAUCCGGGAAGCAGAAGCCAUUGCGUUCACCAACAAACAAGACUACAGCUUUGACUCUGUCCUCUUCUUUGACGAAGCCAAUACCACGGAAGCCAUCAGCAGUAUCAAGGAAGUCCUCUGUGAUAAUACAGUGGAGGGAGAGUGUUUGGUGCCCCAUUGCGGCUUGCAGAUCAUCGCCGCAUGCAACCCUUACAGAAAACACACUGACGAGAUGAUUCAGAGGUUGGAAUCUGCUGGACUGGGAUAUCGAGUCCGAGCUGAAGAGACUGAUGAGAAGCUGGGCUCCAUCCCUCUCCGCCAGUUGGUGUACAGAGUCCAGGCCUUGCCCCCCAGCAUGAUACCUCUGGUGUGGGACUUUGGCCAGCUCAAUGAUCACACUGAAAAAAUGUACAUCCAGCAGAUUGUCCAGAGGGUGGUUGAGACCAACACAAUUGAUAUAGUAUACACCAGGUUGAUCGCGGAUGUCCUGUCUGCUUCGCAGAGGUACAUGCGGACAAGGAAAGACGAAUGUAGCUUCGUAAGUCUGAGGGAUGUAGAACGUUGCAUGCAAGCCUUUGUGUGGUUCUACAAAAACCAUGCGAUGCUGCUUGCUGAGCUAAAUCAGUAUCAGAGAAAUCAAAACGCAGAGAGGAGUGAGAGGAACCAGAGGGAGCCAGAAGCAAGAGACCCAGUCUUGUGGUCUGUAGUGAUGGCUCUGGGAAUAUGCUACCAUGCCUGUUUGGAAAACAAGGACAAGUACAGACAGAGAAUCUGCAAAUACCUCACUGAAACCUACACCCCAUUCAAAGUGAUGCAGGAGAUAUCCCUCAUGCAGGAUCUCCUUCUGAGCGGAGUGCCCUUGGGCGAAACUAUUGCACGAAACAACGCUCUGAAAGAGAAUGUCUUCAUGAUGGUGGUCUGUAUAGAGCUGAGAAUCCCCCUCUUCUUGGUGGGGAAACCUGGGAGUUCAAAAUCUCUGUCUAAAACCUUGGUGGCAGACGCCAUGCAGGGCCAAGCCGCACACUCUGACCUCUACAAAAGGCUUAAGCAGAUUCACCUGGUGUCCUUCCAGUGCAGCCCUCACUCCACACCGGAGGGCAUCAUCAACACAUUUAAGCAAUGUGGUCGCUUCCAGGAGGGGAAGAACCUGAACGAGUAUAUAUCUGUGGUGGUGCUGGAUGAGAUUGGCUUGGCUGAGGAUUCUCCCAAAAUGCCCCUGAAAACCCUCCAUCCUCUGCUAGAAGAGGGAUGCAUCGAUGAUGAGCCGCUACCGCACAAAAAGGUUGGAUUCAUCGGCAUCUCCAACUGGGCUUUGGAUCCUGCGAAGAUGAAUAGAGGCAUUUUCGUCUCACGUUGCGACCCCGAUGAGAAAGAGCUGAUUGAGAGCGCUAAAGGCAUAUGCUCGUCUGACACAAUGAUUUUGGAGAAGGUCAGGGAUUUCUUCCAACCCUUUGCCAGGGCCUACCUAAACAUCUGCCGUAAACAAGGGAAAGGUUUCUUUGGUUUGCGUGACUACUACAGCUUGAUCAAGAUGGUUUUUGCAGUGACCAAGGCUUCCGAACAAAGGCCUAGUGCAGAGAAGAUUGUGGAGGCGGUCCUCAGGAACUUCAGUGGCAGGGACGACGUGGAUGCAGUCACAGUCUUCACCCAAAGGCUCCAGAAGAUACAGAUCAACCUGAAUCUGGAGAGCAUCAGCACCAUCGAUCUUGUCAGACAAAACAUUUCUGCGAUUGGCCAGGAGGAUGAGUGCCGCUACUUGCUAGUUCUGACCAAGAACUAUGCAGCACUACAGAUCCUGCAGCAGACUUUCUUCUCCGAGAGCUGCCAGCCAGAGAUUAUCUUCGGGUCUAGCUUCCCCAAGGACCAAGAGUACACCCAGAUCUGCCGCAACAUCAACCGAGUCAAGAUCUGCAUGGAAACCGGUCGAACCGUCGUUCUCCUGAACUUGCAGAACCUCUACGAAAGUCUCUACGAUGCUCUGAACCAGUACUACGUCUGCUUGGGAGGACAGAAGUACGUUGACCUGGGACUGGGGACACAUCGUGUCAAAUGCAGAGUACACAAAGACUUCAGGCUCAUUGUCAUUGAGGAGAAAGAGGUGGUCUACAAACAGUUUCCAAUCCCUCUCAUCAACAGGCUUGAGAAGCACUAUCUGGACAUCCAUACAGUUCUCAAGGAGGAACAAAGAGCAGUUGUUGUGGAGUUGGAGAAAUGGGUUGGGCAGUUUGUGGCCCUCAAUAACCAACACACCAUGGCCCCCCAGACAUACAAGUACCUACCUCCUGACGUUUUCAUUGGCUACCAUUCCGACACGUGUGCUUCGGUGGUCCUCCAAAUGACAGAGAAGCAAAGGGGAGAGACAGACAUUUCCGAGCCCCAAAGAAGAGUCCUGGACGAGGCCAAACUGAUCCUUCUGAACUGUGCCACUCCAGACUCGGUGGUUCGGCUGGACUGCACUGUUCUCCCCAGGGUGGAGAGUGAACAUCUGGCCAGGAUCUACUUUGAGGACCAGAAGCACAGCUCUUUGGCCGACUUCAUCUUCUCUCACACUCAACAGGACGAGCAGUGCUAUUCCUCCUUCACAGAGGUGACUACCUUUUCCAGACUUUUAACAGCAUCAGAUGUUGGGCCACUGGAAGAGGUCGUGAACAAUGUCGAGCUUCUCUCUCUUCAGCAGUUUGACACUGAGCACUCCUUCCUCAAGAAGAUCAGUCAUUUCCUCACAUCUGGAAAUGGGAGAGAGAAUACAUCUGGCAACAAAAUCCUGAUCAUCCAGUCAGAUUUUGAUGAAGAGUCACACAGUGCAAAUCUCAUUGCCUCCGCCAAAUAUUCUGCCAUCAAUGAAAUCAACAAAUCAAGACAAGUGGAGAUGGGAGGCAAGGUCUUCGUCUACUUCAUCACUAAAUUGCCAAGAAUGGAAGGAGGGACAUCCUAUGUUGGAUUUCAUGGAGACCCCUGGAGGUCGGUUCAUAUUGAUGACCUCAGAAGAUCGAAAGAUAUUGUGUCAGAUAUCAAAGCCUUGAGAAACCUUACCAUCAGUCAACUGUUUGAGGAGAAAAAGGAUGAGCCUGAAGCGAUGGAGGUAGAUGACAUGUACACUGAGACAGAGCAACAGGAAUUGGAACAUGAAGACCAAACAAGCUGGAGGAGUGUUGUGGACACCACGGCGCUGGUACGUAGCUGUGUGCAGAGCGCAGUGGGCAUGCUCAGAGACCAGCUGGAGGGUGGAGUCCGUAGUACCAGGAGAGUGGAGAUCCUGCUCACACUCCUGACUGACAACCAACAAAUAAGAGCUGAAUUUCUGAGGACCGUGAAGAGACGUCUUCACUCGUUGCUGUCGACCCAUGAUGACAACACGCUCAAACUGUCCUCAAAUAACUGGGUCAUCAAGGAGGCGUCCAACAUUGACGCACUGCAGGAAGGAGGGACAUUCAGACACACCCUAUGGAAAAGGGUGCAGGCUGUGGUUAUUCCCUUCUUGGCCCAGCUGGUCUCUGUCAUCGACCGCGACCGCAACCUGGACAUUCUGCAGGACUCCAACUCUGGAGAGGCGGUUAAGAAACUCUGGUUGGACAUCUUUGGGAACGACAAACUACUCGAGGUUCCCUACACAAAACUGGACCGCAAUUCAGAGUCAAAGACCAUCCUGGUCCAGAACUACAUUGGGCUGGACAAGAACAUCGGCUGUAUCAUGCCCUUCAGCUGGAGGAUCAGGGACUACCUGGAUGAACUCUGGGUCCAUGCUCUCCAGCAUGAAGGUCACACUCAGGGCCAGUUUGAGGAGUUCUUUAGGAAGACCCCACUGGGCCGCUACAUCUCAGAGGCAGACCCGGAGAUGCAGGCUGAGUUCUUCCACAGGUACCUGCAGGAUUUCAUCUCCAUGACCAUGAAUGUGACCUGUCAGGAGGAUCUGCAGCUCCUUUGCGGUGCCUUGACCUGUUGUGUGAACGAGCUGCGGCUGCGUCACGAUGACGUCAUGGGGAAGGAAGUGACCUCGCUGCCUUGGGUCCACGCUGCCUACCAUGAGUUUAAGAACCGCCUGCAGAACCUGUCCAGGAUGAUAAGCAUGGAGCCCCAGUUGGCCCAGGUCCUCCGGGGGAACACACAUGCCAGAGAGGGGGAUGAACUGGUGCUGGACGUGUAUGCGGCCGUGGCCUGUGUAGAGUACCUGGAGCCCCAGGCUCUGGACACAGACGGCCAGCGGCUGGUCUGGCUCAGACAGGUCAAGAGGCUCCAGGUCCCCAUCGAGCUGGUCUGCUCCGAGGAGAAUCUGAGACACUAUAAGGACAGGAGCGUGGCCAUGGUCCACAGAGUUCAGACUGGGUGGAACCGCGUCGUCACCCUGUCUCUGUUUGUGGAGCACAUGUUACUGGGCAUCGAGGAGGUGGAGAAGAAGCUGAAGCCUCUGGUCUUGGAGCACACCAGAGGGUUGUGCCAGAUCCUGGAGAAGGACUCUGACCUGAAAAUGAAGAAGCCGUUUGAGGCGGUGAUCGGUAUACUGAAAGCCUGCAAAGACGGAGCAAUGGAGCGCAUUUUCAGGUUUGGCCUCCAGCCGUGCCCUGUGUGUAUGAGCGACCCCCAUGACCCCCUGAGCCUGCCGUGUGACCACAUCUACUGCCUGGCCUGCAUCAGACAGUGGCUGGUCCCAGGUCAGAUGUUCUGUCCUCUCUGCAUGCAGGCUGUGCCAGACGACUUCACUCUCAGGCCCUCUGAAGACAUAAGGUGAGGGCGGACCCUCUCAUGUUGAUUAGUA